AUGGCAACUAAUGUAACACAGGGUCCAGAUUCAAAUCCGCUAAAUUCAGCGGAAACUGAAGUAGAAAAAUCAGAUAAUGAAUUGAUACUGUUGAGUCAGAUGCAGAACGAAAAUGUCAGAGAUUCAGAGUUGCUUUUACCGACCAGUAACAUUGUUCAAGAUGAUUUAAAUAAAUUUCCAACAGCUGAAGAGACUAUCAAAAAUAAAGAAAAUUUAUUAUCGCAUAAAAAGAUUAGUAGAGAAUUAAAGACAUCUAAGCUUAAUUAUUAUUGUGAGGAGGAAUCUCCUAAACUAUCCCCAAUAGUUUCAGAUCAAUAUAUAUUGACUCUGACGAUUCUGUCAAAGACAAAGAUUAUAUACCGCCUACCGAUUACAAAAGAAACCGCUCCGAUUCCGAUACAGAUUCUCAGGAAGAAUUUAUUGAUAAUAGUCAAAAUGUAA